UGACUCGCCGUCGGUCAUGUGAGUAAAGAGCCUGCUGGCAGCUGAGUUCCGUUCCGUUUGAUUGGGAACAGCGGGGUUUAACAGGUAUCGCUGGUUUGGUUGUUGUUCUGGCGUUAAAAAACCUACAGAAUAACUAUUGCUGGAGAUUCCGUACCUGCUAACGCUAGCUCUAAUAUCGGUCCUUGUUGUUUCUGGCUGUGGUUUAUUCGUUUCUUUGUUCACUGAGGACAUUAUUAGCAGAAUGAGGCUGGUGAUUCUGGACGACUAUGAUCUGGCCAGUGAGUGGGCAGCUAAAUACAUCCGGAACAAGAUCGUCGAGUUCAAACCGUCUGCAGACAGAUACUUCACUCUGGGUUUACCGACAGGCAGCACUCCUUACGGCUGUUAUCAGAAGUUAAUAGAGUUCUACAGAAGUGGAGAUCUUUCCUUUAAGUAUGUGAAAACCUUCAACAUGGAUGAAUAUGUGGGUCUGCCUCGGGCCCAUCCGGAGAGCUACCACUCCUACAUGUGGAACAAUUUCUUUAAGCACAUCGACAUCGAUCCGGCCAACACUCACAUCCUGGACGGGAACGUAGAGGACCUAGAGGCCGAGUGUAAUGCUUAUGAGCAGAAGAUAGCUGCGGCUGGAGGGAUCGAGCUGUUUGUUGGAGGUAUUGGCCCUGACGGCCACAUCGCCUUCAAUGAGCCUGGUUCCAGCCUUGUUUCCAGGACCAGAGUUAAAACACUGGCAAAGGACACCAUCGUGGCAAACGCUCGUUUCUUUGGGAACGACCUCUCCAAGGUUCCCACCAUGUCUCUGACUGUGGGAGUGGGAACCGUAAUGGAUGCCAAGGAGGUGAUGAUUCUGAUCACAGGAGCUCACAAAGCGUUCGCUUUGUACAAAGCCAUCGAGGAGGGGGUGAACCACAUGUGGACGGUGUCAGCCUUCCAGCAGCACCCGCACACCAUCUUUGUGUGCGACGAGGACGCCACGCUGGAACUCCGUGUCAAAACUGUGAAAUAUUUCAAAGGUUUAAUGCAUGUUCAUAAUAAACUGGUGGAUCCAGUUCUCAGCAUAAAGGACCAGUAAGACGAGGUGAAGAUGUUGCUGGAUCCAGUUUGAACUGAUUUAUCCCGGUUCCACAUCUGAGGAGCAUCUGAGCUGCCUUCAUUGUUACUGCAAAACAGUUACAGGUUGUUACUGAGAGGCAACAGGUCAUAUAUGUUUGAGGUCUAAUCAUAAAACCAGUGUGUGCUCUGUUUAUAGGAUUUAAAGAAGCUAGAUGAAUAUUAUGGUUCAAACACUUUUUCAUGUUUUCUUUCUUUAAUUCCUGUUUUAUCAUGUUCCUGACUCCCACUUGGGCUUUUUGCACACAUAUGUACUGUAGUCACUUCUGAUUUGUCAAUAGGAGAAAAAAAAAAACAAGUUUAAGUUGGAUUUUAAUUAUUUGUCUUUUUAGAAAUGCAAAAUAAAAGAUGUCUUUAUUCAA